AGAGACAGAAGAGAUUGCAGAUGCUGCAACUUUGAGUUCCAACGGUCCAGGCGGCAUCUGUGGAGGGAAAUGGACAGAAUACGUUUCGGACUGGACACUGUUUCAGUGUGAAAGUCUGUGUGAAUGAGUCUGUGUGUACCCGCGAUGCCGGAAUGUUGUAGGGUCAUGGAACAUUGAGUGGAACUAGGGAUCAGUAUGAAGAAGGUCCCGACGCGAACCAACACCUGUACAUUCUGACUCCAGAUGUUGCCUGAUUCGCUGGGUUCCUCCAGCACCUUGUGUUUUCAUUGAGUGGGAGUAAGCACCUUGUCCCUUUAAAAAUCCAUAUUUGUAUAUAUUAUAACUGCAUCCACAACUUUUGUAGCCGAGCCUUACUCAAUGUUAUUGGACAAGCUGCAUGUCCCAUCUUGCGGACUGAAUAUCAUUGUCGCGUCUGAUUACGGGUCGACAUCUAUUAACGAUCAACUUGUCGAUUUACAACCAGUGGAGUUCAAAGUCCUUUUUUUUUUGUUGCCGAAGGAUCCAACCCCGUACUGCCUGAAUUAUCCAGUCCCUCUUUUGCGGCUGCCCGUUCCACUGACUUUGCCACUGCAUCGAGUAAAGUCAGAUUAGCGCUGGCUGCACUCUCGCAGCGUGUCAGUGGGAGAGGCGGAUGACCUGAAACCUCUUUCAGUGACUGCACCGAGUCUUGAGCGGGAGAGGAAAAAGUGCCGUCCUCCUGAGCACAUCCAGUGGAAAAGAGGGCAGAAUGGAGUGAAAACCAUCUGAGUGAGCCCACCGGUUAACCCAAUGAAUCCAAGCUAAACUGGAACAGAAAGGAGCGAACCCUACACGAGCCCAGAUCUGGACACCUGACAGCCUCCAGGAUACGCACCCAUGACACCACUUCCGCCGGAUCUAGCAGUUCCCCGGAUGACACCUAGUUCAACCGCAUCACCGGCCAUCCACAGAAUGGGCCACCGAUGCUGCUGGCCCUCACUGCGUCUCUGGGAUUCUAAGAGCCUUGAUAAGAUUCCCCACAGUUACGUACCUUGACACUGUACAGUGUUGCCAUCAAGCCAUGUUCUUGGAGUCGUGAAUGCCCAUGGCUGCGGUCAACACUCUGCCUAUCUAGUGAUUCCAACAACCUGUAUCCUUGUUUUCCCGUCAACAGCAAAUGCAAAAUGGGAAGCGUUGGUAGUCUGAUGGCUGAAAAGCAUGACCUCCCAUGUGAUAAUGUGAAAAGUCGCCGAAAUCGCAAUGCGUGCAAUCUCAGGCAGCCGGACGGGCUGUUUAAAAAGGGAUUAUCCCAAAGGGAGCUGUUGAACUAUCUGAACAACACCAAAAAAGGAGCAAAGGCAGAGAAAAGGGUCGCAUCUGGGAGCUCUUCCAUGGAACGCUGCCGGAAAGAUGGACAGUUUGAGAUUUAUGGAAAGGAAAUUGAUCUUACAAAGAAUUCACUUCCUGUUGGAGGGAAAUUUGAAAAGUCACGAUUCCGACCCUCUGCAUUUAAACCAGUGGUGCCAAAGAAUUUCAGUUCAAUGCAGAAUCUUUAUCCACAACAGUCGAAGGAGAUGAGUGACAGCACAGCCAGCCUCAAUGACUUCAGCAAGACGGACCACUCACCACUGAGGAAUGGCGCUGAAAAGCAGGAUUAUUUCAGGACAGCCAGUCAAGAAGAAGGCCUGUCUGACUCUGGGCGGAACUCCAUGACCAGUCUCCCACCCUGUGGAACAGGGCUGAAGCACCAUGUAGGGCAAAUAAGCUCCUCCAUGGGCCAAAUCAACCACAUUGGCUCAAAUUGCAUUGAUGGGGGAUCCAAGGAAAUUUCAAGCUCUGACAGUGGCCGCUUCUCGUACAAGAGUAUGGCGGUCCUGAGAGGGCUGAACACCCAGGGCAACAUGUCCCCCUCCUGCGAGCUUUCGCGAUCGAUGGAAGACGUCGUCAGAGAACUGGAAGACCGACUUCACGAGAGGGAAGUGGAGCUGAAGCAUGUGAGAAGGAAUCUGAAUGAGAGCGAGGACGCCAUUGCGCAGGUGUUUGAGGAUAAACAAAGGCUGUGGGAGAAGGAGAUGGAAGAGCUCAAGCGGAUCUAUGCCAGCAAGCUGCGCCAGGUGACCCAGCAAGCCCAGCACACCCAGCGCACUCUACAGCUGCAGGUCUUCAAGAUGCAGCAGGAGAAGAGGAAGCUGCAGGAGGAUUUUGACAAGUUGUUGCUGGAAUGUGAGCAGCUCAAAAGCUGCUGUACAUCUUACCGACAGGAGCAAGACGACUUAACCCCAAGGCUAGAGGAAACCAAAUGGGAGGUCUGUCAGAAGGCCGGUGAGAUUGCUCUGCUGAAGCAGCAGCUGCGAGACUCUCAGGCAGAGGUGGCAGAGAAACUCGGUGAGCUGUUCAACCUCAAAGCUCUGCUCCAAGAGGUCCAAGUGGAGCUCUGUACCAAAGAUGAACAGGUUUUGCUGUUGAAGAACUCAGUUCAGGAGCGACCAAAGCAAUUAGCUAAGAAUACAGAUUCCCUGCAACAGCAGGAUCCCACCUCAUUCCAAGAUGCCUCCCAGAGGAGAGUUGAUGCCCCUGAAGAGAUGAAGGGCUUGUUCAGUCGGGAGACCGAUGAUCUGAAGUCCAGAGGCUUUCACGAAGACAUCACCCAGGGUCUAGUCCUCCAGGUUGAAAGGCUGAAAGCUGAACUGCUAUUGGAACGGAGGCAGAGUGAAGCUCAAGCUGCCAGUUUUGAAGUUGAGAGGAAUAUCUGGCAAGAUGAAAAGGAAAAAGUCAUCCAGUAUCAGAAACAACUGCAGUCUAACUACCUAGAGAUGUACCAAAGAAACCAGGCCCUUGAACAAGAAGUCGAAGAGAUCGCAGCCAAAGCAGAAUUAACAGAAACUGAUGCUAAACAGAACCUACCAUGGAUUGAGAGAAUUGAAUCCUCUGAGAUAUGACAGGCAAUGAAAUGUAUUUCUAGGUCUAGGACACUAACUCUUUAAAAAAAACAUAUUAUGUGUUUCCUCAAGAUGAGCAGACAUUUUAGAAAGCACGAUGGCAGACUAUUACAUCGGGAGGAUGUUACUGACUUCCAUCUAUAAAUGGAAAUGAUGUAACACAAGGAAACUUCAAAAAAUGUCAAGAAUGGAAGGUGGUAGCAGGUGUGCGAAGGGAACCAAGAACACUUGGUUCUAUAUGAUAAAAAUCUGUGAGGUGAUUGACUUUUUCCCAUGCUUGAAAAAUGGUGCAAAUUUCUGUACACUUGCAAAUCUGACUUAAACAAUCCAUGUUUAUGUCUAAAAAAGGCUUCAAAAUGUGAAAUAAUCCAAGGAUGUUAUAUAUAAUAUAUAUAAAAGUAUAUAUGUUAGAAUUGCUGCACAGAAUGGCACAGUGCAAUUCCUCGAGUACCUCUCUGAGUUAGGGUUUACUUUAAAUUUCACAUUCCACAGAUUAAUCCUUGCAGAGUUGCUAGAACAGCACAGGAAACAGGCCCAUUGGCCGAUAAUGUCCAUGACAAUUUUUCUGAUCCAAAAAACAUUUUAAUGCUGCUAUCGUAUCUGUCUCCAUCACCACACCUGCUUGUAUGUUCUAGGCACCCACUGCUCUCUGUAAAAAAAGGAAUUAACAUGUUUUUAAAUGUUGCCCCUCUCAUCUUAAAGCAAGCACUCUAGUCUUUGACAUUUCCACCUCGGGGGGGGGGGAAGCUUCAGAUUCUCAAUCCCAUCUAUGCCUUUCUUAAAUUUACGUACAUCUAUCAUGUCUCCCCUUAGCCUCUUACGUUCCAUAGAACACAAACCAAAUUUCUCCAACCUAAGAGCCUUAACCCUUUAAUCAUUCUGGUAAACUGGCACCUUCUCCAUAGCCUCCACACCUUUCCUGUAGUGGGGCAUCCAAAUUAUACACAAAACUCCAAAUGUGGCUAAAUCAAAGUCCCAUGAAGGUGCAACAUGACUUCCUGACAUUUCCACCAGCAUACCAUGUGCCUUCAUUACCACUCCUACUCGUGUUGCCAUUUUAAAGGGACCCAUUGCUUUGGACCCAGAGAUCACUCUGUACAUCAAUGCCAUCUUCUGCCAUUCUUCUUCUUUCGUGUCCAUCUUCCAUGUUUCAAAUGUUGACAUCGCUGUCAUCGUCCAUCCUGAAAAGGACGCAACAAGUGAUGGCUCCCACUGAUGUCCUGCAAUUAACUGUAUACUUUCUCUUUAGACUUUAG